CUCGCGAGAGGCGAGUUGCAAACUCGCCAGCCAGCCGCUCCGCACGUACACACACAACGACUGGCGAAUUGCUCUCUCUUAAAAUUUUGAGGGCAACUGCCCUGAAAAAUUUCCCGAGUUCUCUGACUAAAUGUGGAAAACGCGAAAAUCUGCUCCUUCCUAAUAUGGAAAAAAACGAAAGGAUUGUUGAAGCAGAAGAGAAAAUGCCCGAGGGGCCGUCGAAAUUAGGAUAUUUCGUGUCGAAAGACCAAACCAGAAAAAACGCAGACAAUGUUUGCGUGCUCGUCGUCCACUACAGCUUUAAAAAAGCAAAGAACACAAAAAAAGUUCGGAGAGGUGAUGAUGAGGACGUAAAGAACCUGGAAAGAACCUUCAGAGUGAACCGGAACUGCAACUUCCGCAGUAUUUUGUCGCCGGAAAAAGGGCAGUUGCUCAAACUUCUCUCCAAUCAGGAAGAAAUAUUACGAUUAUUCACCUGCUCAGAUGUUCCCUCAGUAUUUGUGCUUUACAUUCUUUCUCACGGCAGCAGAAAUGGAAAAAUCUUGACAGACUACCACCAGAACGAUGAUCCUAACGACUUUAUUUCCUUCACAACAGCGGAGAUAUUCGAUUCUCUAAAAAAGCUGACUGGUUUUGAGGAAUGCCUUAAAUUUGUAAACUUUGGUGCAUGUAGAGGGCAACUGGAAGACGCUGCUUUUGUCCCAAGUCAAAAAUGUGUCUCUUUCAAGAACGAAAAUUCUUGCCAAAUAACCUACAGCCCUCUGAUGAGGAACACGGUUGUGUUCUUCUCUACGGUUGAAACAACAAUGUCCAAACGACACCCUCAGUUAGGAUCAACUUUCGUCCGCCUUACGUGCCAAGUCUUAAAUUCGCUUAAAAUGGACCAGAGUCUCGUAAAUGUCCUGACAACUGUUCAAUAUGAGAGUCACAAGAUUGUGGUUGACGGGAAAAAUGGACAGACCCCAGAAUUCAAGAUGUUUUCCCAGGACAGAUAUUUUUUCUUCUCAGAAAGUCCUACAAAUAAGCCAGAUACCUCGACAUCUGACGCCCAGUUUUACGAUUGGGAAAAAUUGCGACGCCGCCUUGCGUUUCUAUUUUCCGCAAAGCCAAAUGAGCAGUUGAAAGAAAUUAAAAGAGCGCUCUCAAAAAACCUAGGUUUUGAGACCAGCGAAUGGAGGCUAAGUGGAAAUCCGUGGUCGCACAUUAAUAAAAUUCCGAGGUUUGACUGCGACAAUGGCUGCCUUUUUCUAUUUUUGUUUGCCCAAGUUAGUGAAAACAAGGACACGAACGAGGUUUGUGUGCAGGUAGACAGUGGAGAAACUGCAGUAUCUGAAAUACUGCGCCAGUUUAUUGGGCCAAAAAACGACAAGUGGAUUGGAAAACCAAAAAUAUUAUUCGUUUUGGAUCAGGAAACGACCUUAGAUGACGACAGCGCCGUAUCAGAAAAGCCCAAAAGGGAUGAUACAGCAACAAACCACAGUGGAUGGUUAGUCCUAGUUUUACACAGCAAAGAAAAAAUCGAAAAGCUGAUCGAAAUCUUCAAGGGGCAAGAGCUGAAACAGGAGAAAAGUCUGCAAGAACUGCUCGCAAGUCUGCUCAUUUCCAACUCUAUAGAAAGCGGCGCUUUUACGCCGGCUCGGAGACCAGCAGACGGUUUCCUCUGCGCCCUCUGCCGAGCAUCAUCUCUCCUGCGCCUCGACCUGAUAUUCGCCAGUCUUAUGGUAAGAAAAUUGACGUUUUAUUUCAAAUAAAGUCUCGUCCGCGUUAACUUUAACUUCAGUAACGUAAUUUAUGGCCAAUUUCGCGAUCGAAAGUGUUUUUCUCUCUGUUAGAUCAGUCAUUUUGAGCAAAAUAAACCACCCCGAAAACUUAAUUAAUUAAUCUCAAUAAUAAUUCACGCUGUUUUUUCACCUUAUUGGCCACCAGCAUAAACUCUGAAGGAACGAUAAAAUUAAUCUGAAUAUUUCAUUAUUAAUCAAAGGCUCACUCUGAGGAGCAGCCUUUUCCCAUUUUUAAUCUUAUUAAUUGUAUCGCAUAAAAACAAGAGGUAAAAAUCUAAUUAAUUGUGUUGGCUCCACAACCACUAUAUACAUAUAUUAUUAGUGCGAAAUGGCAUGAAUAAUUAAAUAAACUUUAGAUCGAGGAGCACGUAAAAAAUAAUUAAGUUUAAUAUUUUUGAACAAGACUUUUAUUUUUAAUUCAAAUGUUAUGUACGAUAUACGAAACCACGCCAAGAAUUGAUUCCGUGUUUUCUAUUCUCGUGGUAUUUUAGUAUUGACAUUUUUGCGAAUGUCUUUUGGCACUUGUUGCACUUGAAUCGAGUUUCUUUACAAGUUGAAUGGACUUUGCUUGAAAUAAAAUGAAAUAUUUUAAAUUCAAAUUAAUUUUAUUAAAUUCAGCAUCAGCUUAAUUUUCGCUCAAUCAACCUAGAAAGAACAAAACCACAUACCAGUGGAAUUUCACGUGAAUGACGUCUCUAUCCUCUGUUUCGGAUCGUGGAAAAUGAGUUGAAAGCACAAAUUAUGAGACCAGUGUACAAUUUAAAAAAUACAACUACUAGUAGAAAUAAAAUAAAAUAAUUCAUCUUUAUACAUUCAGUUCGCACCCGUUGGACAAAUCAGAGCAAUCUCGUGCUGCUUGCAAUAAAUAAAAGUCUUUGACGCGGGCGCCGCGCGUGAAGGAAUGAAUCAACAACAUCAAUUAACAAAUAGGAGCAAUCAAUCAAUUGUCAAACGCGUGGCUGCUAUCACAGAGCAACGGCACGAGUCGUUCGUCAGGCUAUCACUAAAGGCUCGUCGUCCGAGAAGCCGGUGAUCACAGGAGCGUCGUCUUCGUCUGCAACAAACACGAUUACCAAUUAAAUUUAAUUUUCUUUUAAAUUCAGAAUUAAUUUACCGAGUCCCUCUCCGCCUGUGAAGGUGGCCGCGCCGGACCUGGUGUUGUAGUGACUGUUGGCGAACGACGAGAAGCUGUGUUGCAGCCGGUGGUGCCGGUAGACGUAACAGCCGAGCGUGGCGGCCAGAGCCACGAUCACCAGAACCACGGGCACCGCGACGCUCACCACGUGAGUCGGAGUGAUCAACUCGGACCAUGACACUGAAAAAUAAAU